AAAAUCUGCGCUGAGGAAAAGUUUGUUCAGAGGAAGAAGCUCCGGAUCAGCUGGUAACUUUUCUCUCUCUGCUCUUCUUCUUCGCCUCCAUCAUGUCCGGCGUGGCGUCCACUCUGGCCAAGAAGCGGGCCCUGGCCGCGGGAUUCGGCACCAACGCCAACGCGGUUCCGUACCUGAACCAGAACUUCGCGGCUCUGCGGGCGCAGUGCCGCUCCUCCGGGAAACUCUUCUGCGACCCGACCUUCCCCGCCGCGCCCGAAGCUCUGGGCUUCAAAGAGCUGGGCCCGAACUCCUCCAAGGUCCGGGGAGUCACCUGGAAGAGGCCCACGGAACUGGUCUCUAACCCCGAGUUCAUCAUGGGCGGAGCCACCAGGACCGACAUCUGCCAGGGAGCUCUGGGUGACUGCUGGCUGUUGGCCGCCAUCGCCUCGCUGACCCUGAAUGAGUAUGUUAUGGCCCGAGUCGUUCCCAGCGACCAGGGCUUCGGUGACGACUACGCCGGCAUCUUUCACUUCCAGUUCUGGCAGUUCGGCGAGUGGGUGGACGUGGUGAUCGACGACCGUCUGCCGGUGAGCGAUGGGAAGCUGAUGUUCGUGCACUCGGCGGAGGGCCGGGAGUUCUGGAGCGCCCUGCUGGAGAAGGCCUACGCCAAAGUGAACGGCUGCUAUGAAGCUCUGUCUGGCGGCUCCACCACAGAGGGCUUUGAGGAUUUCACCGGAGGCAUCGCUGAGAACUACGACCUCCAGCGCCCCCCCGCCAACCUGUUCCAGAUCAUCAAGAAGGCCCUGGAGGCCGGCGCCCUGAUGGGCUGCUCCAUCGACAUCACUAGUGCCGCAGACUCGGAGGCCAUCACCCGUCAGAAGCUGGUGAAAGGCCACGCCUACUCUCUGACCGGCGCCGUGGAGGUGAACUACCGGGGCCGGCAGGAGAAGCUGGUGAGGAUGAGGAACCCCUGGGGUCAGGUGGAGUGGACCGGAGCCUGGAGCGACGGGUCGUCUGAGUGGAGCCAGGUGCAGGGAGACUGUCCACAUGCCAACGCAGAGGACGGAGAGUUCUGGAUGUCCUACAACGACUUCCUGCGUCACUACUCUCGUAUCGAGCUGUGCACUCUGACCCCCGACACCAUCGAGGACGACUCGGUCAAACACUGGAGCGUCAGCAAGUUCGACGGAACCUGGAGGAGAGGGUCCACGGCCGGAGGCUGCAGGAACCACCCCUACACCUUCUGGAUGAACCCUCAGUUUGUGAUCAGACUGGAGGAGGAGGACGACGACCCCGAGGACGGAGAGGUGGGCUGCAGCUUUGUCGUCGGGCUGAUCCAGAAGAACCGCAGGAAGCUCCGCAAACAAGGAGAGGACAUGCACACCGUCGGGUUCGCCAUCUACGAGGUCCCGAAACAGUUCCAGGGCCAGAGGGAGGUGCACCUGGAUAAGAACUUCUUCCUGACCCACGCUCAGACGGCAAGGUCAGAAACCUUCAUCAACCUGCGCGAGGUCUGCUCCCGCUUCAAGCUGCCGCCCGGAGAGUACCUGAUCGUCCCCUCCACCUUCGAACCGCACCUCAACGGAGACUUCUGCAUCCGGGUGUUCUCCGAGAAGCAGACGGAGACCCAACCCUGUGACGACCCGGUCAACGCAGACCUGCAGGAUGAGCUGGUGUCUGAUGCGGAGGUGGACUCAGGAUUCAGAGGCCUCUUCACUAAACUCGCAGGAGAGGACGGGGAGAUCUCCGCCACGGAGCUCAGGUCCAUCAUGAACAAGAUCGUCUCCAAGCGAACUGACAUCAAAACUGACGGCUUCAGCAUGGAAACCUGCAGGGUCAUGGUCAACCUGAUGGACGACAGCGGGAACGGGAAGCUCGGCCUCGGAGAGUUCGCCACGCUGUGGAAGAAGGUGCAAAGAUAUCUGUCCAUCUAUAAGAACAAUGACUGCGAUAACUCGGGGACGAUGAGCACGCCAGAGAUGAGAAUCGCCUUGAAAGACGCAGGCUUCACUCUCAACAACACCAUCUACCAGCUGCUGGUGGCUCGAUACUCCGACCCAGACAUGACCAUCGACUUCGACAACUUCGUGGGCUGCCUGAUGAGGCUGGAGAUGAUGUUCAGGAUGUUCAAGAAGCUCGACGUUGACAACAACGGUUCCGUCGAGCUCAACUUCAACCAGUGGUUAAACUUCUCCAUGAUCUGAGCCGCCGCUCCGUGUCCGCCCAGAGCUUCAGUGUUACUGACGGACGCCAUUUUCCUGUUGACAUCUUCCUGUCGAUCUUAAUGUUUUAUAUGAGUUUUACUUUCUACACUACUAACUGAAAGACUCGAUGUAAAGUCAAUAAAUAUAUCCACAAAUCCUUUAACGUC